AUGAAUGCACACGCAGGAGACUUCGACCACCAGGACGCUCGUCGUUUCAAGCAUACCCGCAUCGGUAUAUGGGAUCUCUACGAGGAACGCCAAUCACGCAUACGAGUCUCACCGAUAUCGAAUAUGUACGCGCCGAUAAUCUACAACGUUCCACUUCUAGUUCGCAUGUUCAAGGAUGUACUCCGGACAAUUGCUCCGCCUUGUAAUGUCCCCUUCACUUUCAUCUACCACUGCCAACUUAUUUCGCACCAGGUAGAGAGCGUAAUGGAAGCACGUACUGUGGACACAACGGUGCUCGUACAUUUUGCGGCAGCACAUACCAUAUGCGCAGUUGCUAUGCGCUUUCUCAGAUACUCCCGAGACUGCAUGAUGCCUCGUCUGAGCUUGUACAUCAAACAAUCCUACAAUGAACGAAUGCUCCUCUCAGCCGCUCGCCUCGACCUGCCCGCAUUUGAAACUCUUUAUCACUCGUACACAGUGCAGGAGCUCAGCUGCGGCUUGGCUCAUUGGUAUACUUCGUCAAUUUGGGACACUAUCGAGAUGUUGACGGACAUCGCAAUGAUACUUAUUCGUCUGCUCUCUCACCUUUUGGUUCUGAGUACAGUCAUGUGGGAACAACAGGAUGGUCUACUUCUCGUGGUUCUCAGUUUUUUGCAAUAUUUAUUGCCCUGGGACAGCACGGGAAAAACAGUGGUCGGAUCCUUGGUUUGGGCCGCGACAACGACCAACGAGAAUUUGACUUGCAUGCAAAGUCUGAAGGGACUCAUUACUGGGCCCUCAUAUCGUCGAGAGUUUGUCGCAGGCAACUUCAGCGAACACAUUAGUGCACGAUUUCGCGAAGCAUCUCAGCGCAUUGGUCACGAUGCGGUUGAAUUCCCAGAGCUGAAACGAUUUCGUCCUUUCAAGGACUGUCUGAGCAUCACAUUCAUCAUCCGAGAAACAAUGCAUGUGUUACCCCAGGUUGUCUUCUCCUUGCGCGUAGUAAAAAAUCCAAUGACCACUCCCGUCUCCUUGGCAUCACUCAUAUGGAUCAAACAAGCCUUUGAUCCAUCAUAUUUCUCGAUAUCCAGCAUGUUUUCCACUCUUGCGACCAACUUGACCCGAAUACGCGGUGUUUAUGAGUUAGAGAAAAUACAAAAUCAGGUUGUGGAUGGCACGGAACCGUUCCCCGAGAAUAAGCAAUCUCUUGCAAAUGGCAUUUCUGUUGAAUUCAAGAAUGUUUCGUUCCAGUACCCUGGUCGAGACAGGUGUGCUCUGCGGAAUGUAUCGUUCAAGAUCGAGGCUGGUCAGCUAUGCGUCGUUGUUGGUGUGAACGGCUCUGGAAAGAGUACGAUCUUGAACCUGAUCUCCCGCAUCUACGACCCAACGGAAGGCACCAUCCUUAUCGACGACCGUGACAUCAAAACCUUGAAACUUGCUGACCUCCGUGCUGCUAUGUCCAUCCUCUUCCAGGACUAUUCGCAAUUCCCCCUCUCCAUGCGCGAGAAUAUCGGGCUUGGCAACCCCGCCCUUGCACAUGAGGAUGACAAGGUUCGCGAAGCCGCCCGUCUCGGGGGCGCAGAAGACUUCAUCGACGAGCUCCCUGAUGGAUUUGAUACCUACCUCAACCGCGUCGUGGAUGAUUACCAUGGAGACCUUCCUGAAGGUACUACGAAGCUCUUCGGGCAUCCCGCUGACUCCUCGUCACGGAAUGUCAUUGGCGGUGUCCAUGUCACCGGAGCUCCAGGCAUUCAAAUUAGCCGCGGGCAGGCGCAGCGGCUUGCAAUCUCCCGCACAUUCAUGCGCUCGUUGGUCUCUGAAACUUCGGAGUCUUCUGCUGGCAUGAUGUUAUUCGACGAGCCGAGUGCCUCCCUAGAUCCUACGGCUGAACAUGGUGCGCUCUCCUAUCUCUUUGAGCAUCUACGGAAGUUGAGGGGUAACAAGACCAUGAUAUUUUCCACUCACCGGUUUGGAAAUCUCACCCAAUAUGCGGACCUCAUUUUGUACAUCGACGAAACUGUCCAGGAAAAAGGAACACAUGGUGAACUCAUGAAGAAAGGGGGAGAGUAUGCUCGUAUUUGGAAUCUUCAAGCGAAAUCAUUCAUUCAAUAA